UUCCUCCUAUCGUGAGCAUGGUUGUUUUCAAUCCUUCGCUCUUAGGAAAGACCCUCGACGAAAAGGUCCAAGAAUGGGAAAGUAACGUUGUCGCAAAAGGAGGAAAGGCAGGUGGACUGUUUGCCGUUGUAGGAACACCGGGGGGACACCUGUAUGAGCUACAGCGCAUCGCCAAACUGCUCAAGCCGCUACCGGUGGUUGCAAUGACUUGUAAGAACGGGUGCUGGAUAUGUGACUAGGUUCAGUUACUGAUCUUGAUUAUUCGGUUGUGUCUUUGGGAUAACCGGGAUCCGAAUUGUGUGCUUUGGAUACCCGAUAGCGUGAAUAGCCAGCAAGUGUUAGUCCCAAAAAUAAUACGCGUUACCCGGCGCGUAUCUGUAUGAGAAGUUACCUCUAGUGAUUAGUGGCUCCUCGUCCACACGUACAGCUACUGCUGCACGCUGACGUUCCAACGAGGAUGUUUUCAUGCAUAAUUCUUACAGGACAUGAAAACACACCUUGACUUACAACGAGGAUGUUUUCAUGCUUAAUCUGAUUCACCAUUAAUCACCGACUCGCUCGCCAUGUUGUGGGUUGUCUAUUAUAGGGUCUAUGUGGCGACCAGACAUCAUGUUGUUUAUCAUCUGCCACCAAUCAGCGUCUUUGAAUGAAGAGAACGAAACAACUGCUGUUUCGUAUAUUUAUCCUUUAUUCAGUAUUAUAGUGAUUUGAACACCUUGAAGAUGCAGGUACGAGAAUAGCUGCAGCCCCUCCCCAUAAGAGUCCCCGCCGUCUUUUACUUCUUCAUACGAGUGCAGCACCUCGCCACGAAGCUCGAGAAUUGGGUGUCAAGGCCAAGCGAACCUAAACUAGCUGCCCUUGAAAAUGUGUGGCUUCGGAAAAUGGCAGUCAACACGUUGAAGUAUGCCGAACGAGAGCUGAAGGGAAUCCAGGAAAUUGAGUCGCUAUGCACUGACCUACUCAUCAUGUAAUACCGAUCUCCUAUUCUUACAAAUAAAAAUAUGUAAAAAAAAGUUUUAGUUUAUAUAAUUGAAUAUUAAAUGGGAGAAUGAAUUGUCCAUGUCCUACCCUUGAUAUAGCUUGCCAGCUUCGUUGUUCGCAGUUUUUGCUUGCUGUUGUAUGUUGUGAAACUUCUCCGGAUUUUGAUUUUUCAUGUGGUCUCUCGAGGAUGCAGAGUAAAAGUGUCCGCAGACGCAGAUCAACUGGGGACCACUUAUUAGGGACAAGGGGUCUAUUGGGGUCUUCGUGCACAUAAGCCUAGGCUAAGGCCUAAGCCCUAGCUAAGUAUCAGUAUGUAGACUAAAACCCUAAGCUGAACAGUACACUACGAACUAUGCUGUGAACUACGGUAGGCUUUCUCUAAUCAAGCUCAAGCCGGGCGGACGCGAACCGAAUUCAUCCGACGAGUAUUGCAAUUUGAUCUACAUUCUCGAUGCAGCUAUGAAACUGCGAAAGGGAGGGCCACAGUCGGCGCGUUUAGGCGGUCUUCUCGCUGCUAAAAGCGGAAGACAAGAAGGCACACAAGGAGGAACAGAAGAAGGAACAAAUGAGCAGCAAGGAGGACUGAGCGAGAUUCCAGAGAAUUACUACCACUAUGGCAACAAGCUCUUGGAAGAUGACCACCAGGACCUUACUUUCAUAGAAUCAAUGCAAGUUCUUGUGAGCAACAAGGACAUAAAGUACGACAUUUCUCGUGUAUGAAUUGAGGGAGAAAUAGAAGAAGAUUAAAAGUGGGGAUCGAAAUCGAUGGCGAGUACUUUUACUACAACGGCAUGGACAUGAAGAUGAUUGCACUUUGUAGCGUGCUCGUUAAAAUUUCGACACUUUAGCACUCUUCUCACGUUUCGGCAUUCCUGGGCUUUCUUCCGUCACAGGCUUGGCACAUGCCCCCUGCUUAGUCUUUCUCUCCGUUUUCAUAGUAUAAUGGGUCAGGAAAAUAGCCGGCUCGUUUUCCCUCGUCUUAGUCCCGUCGCGAUAUGUACACCACUUAUUAUGUACACGACCACGCUAAUACGAACUAGGCCGGCAGGGGCUCGGACUGAAUGUAGAUCAUCCCGAGAUGCCCGAGGGCUGUCUUUGUUAUGGAAAGGCAAAAGAAGUAUUGCAUCUGGCGAGCAGCCCAUCCAAUAUCGCGCAUCAAGAACAAGAAGAAUCGACGGCGCAGAUACCGAGCGCAGACACAGUCAUGG